UUUCUUUCUUUUUUUUAUAAAGCACAGUGGCUCGGCUCAGGGACGGCACUGACCGCCAAUGCAGUCCGACGGCAACAUAACCAUGGGAAAGAUCAUAUUUUACGAGGACAGGAACUUCCAGGGGCGCUCUCAUGAGUGCAGCAGCGACAGCGCCGACCUCCACUCCUACUUCAACCGGUGCAACUCCAUCAGGGUGGAGAGCGGCUGCUUCAUGAUCUACGAGAGGCCCAACUACACGGGCAACCAGUACUUCAUGAGGAGGGGCGAGUACUCCGACAACCAGCGCAUGAUCGGCAUGAACGACUGUGUCAGGUCCUGCCGUAUGAUCCCCCAGCACCGAGGCUCCUACAGGAUGAGGCUCUACGAGCGCUCCGACAUGUCCGGCCAGAUGCACGAGGUGGCGGACGACUGCCCAAACGUCCAGGACCGCCUCAGCAUGUCCGACUUCAACUCCUGCAACGUGAUGGACGGCCACUGGCUGAUGUACGAGCAGCCCAACUACAAGGGCAAGUCGUACUACCUGAGGCCCGGAGAGUACCGGAGGUACAGCGACUGGGGGGGCGUCAGCCCGAGAGUCGGCUCCCUCAGGAGGAUCUCUGACUUGAACUGA